AUGCGUCGUAUUGGAGCCAUAUCUUCAAAUCAAAAAACUCAAUUACAGACUGAUUUAUCAAAAUGUUCAUACUUCAGUUUACAAAUGGAUGAGUCUAACGAUAUGRUUGAUACUUCACAGCYUUCUAUUUUCAUUAAAAUGUGUUUUGACGAUUUUUCUGUUAAGGAAGAAUUUUUUAAAGUCUUAUCGUUUACCGGAAGAACUAGAGGAGAAGAUAUUUAUAAAACGUUUAAACAAUUUGUUGAAGAAGAAGAAAUUCCAAUUGAAAAAUUAGCUAAGUUACAAAGAAAAGAAAAACAAAUUAUUGAUAUGAUAUCACAUGUUCAAGCGUUUUCGAGUAAAUUAGCAUAUUGGGAAAAUAAAAUGAAAAAURGUGAUUUMCAGCAUUUCCCUACUCUUCAAGAAACAAUAAUUAAUUAUUCUGAAAAUKUUUAUGAGCCUACAAACCAUAUAAAUAUAAUUCAACAUUUACGUUCCGAAUUUAAAAGAAGAUUCAACGACUUUAAAAUACUUGAGCCAGUUGCGCAGUUUAUAUCAAAUCCAUUUACUGGGGAUUUGUAUCAUAAGGGUUUAUUUCUUGAUAAAACUUUAUAG